AUGGACCGUAUCGACUCGUCGUCAGACGCGAAACCCUCGGCGUGGUUUCCGGCGCCGGACCUUACGUCCAACUUCCUCGACGACGAGGAAGCAUUUGACAAGGCAAUGCGUCACAACAUGAAGUUUACCAUGGCCGACGCCCUCGAGAUCUACGGCGAGCUCCAGUCCCCAGACUUUCGCGAGGCCCUUGGACCACUCGCUGACCUUCGCCGCGAGAUCGACGUCGACUUUCCGUUCCAGAUCCCGGGUCCGCCGGUCGAUGAAUCCGAAGGCAUUACGCUCGGCGCUCCGUCGCAGCAAGAGUAG